GGAGAGAACCUGGAAAACACGAUGGCAGCCUUUCACCAUGCGGUUAAUAUAGGAACAGACAUGUUGGAGCUAGAUUGUCACCUGACAAAAGAUGAGCAGGUGGUUGUGUCCCAUGAUGAGAACCUGAAGAGAUCAACAGGAGUUGAUGUCAACAUAUCCGACCUCAAAUACUCUGAACUCCCACCGUAUCUCUGCAAGCUGGAUGUCACAUUUCAGAAAGAAUGUCACUGUGAGGGAAAAGACAACCGUAUUCCGCUCCUGAAAGAGGUGUUUGAGGCAUUUCCACAAACUCCUGUCAACAUUGACAUCAAAAUGAACAACAAUGUGUUGAUCAAAAAGGUUUCCGAGCUGGUGAGUCAGUAUAAGCGAGAGCAUUUGACGGUAUGGGGGAACGCCAAUUAUGAGGUGGUAUCAAAGUGUCUUAAGGAGAAUGCUGACAUUCCCAUCAUCUUCUGUUUGCAACGUGUCCUCCUGCUUCUUGGCCUGUUCUACACUGGUCUGCUGCCAUUCAUUCCUUUCAAGGAAGAAUUCUUAGAAAUUCCCAUGCCUUCCAUCAUCCUCAAGCUGAAAGAACCACAGAAGAUGACAAGAAGCCAGAAAUUUGUCAUCUGGCUAGCUGACACAUUGCUGAUGCGGAAAGCACUUUUUGACCACCUCACUGCUCGGGGCAUUCAGGUGUAUAUUUGGGUACUGAAUGAAGAGCAAGAGUACAAGAGGGCAUUUGAUCUGGGAGCAACUGGAGUGAUGACAGACUAUCCAACAAAACUUAAGGAGUUUUUACACAAUUAUCCAGCAUAAAGGAAGAAAACCAAGGAAGUUCUUGCAGAAUAGAUUGUGAGCCAAGGAUUUUCUUCAUUUAAAAACAAAAAUUGAGCAGCAUACGCAGAUCAUUUUGUUUGAAAGGUGUAAUUGAAUGAUCUAUUACCUUCUUGUUGAGUUGCUACCUAAUGUAAAGGUUGUCUAUUUAUUUUAAAACUUUAAUUACAUAGUUUACAUUUGUAAAUAGCUGAUUUAGAAACGAUGCACCUCACAAAUAGCAAUGACUAGGAAGAAGGUUGCUGGAUACGGUAGCUGUAGAUAAUAAGUGUUAUUUUACCUGUCACAAGUGUUCCUAAGCAGAUGUCAGGACAUGUCAGUUAUUCCAGUUAUAUUCUAGUGGGCAGAAACUAAAGAGUUUCUGGAAGUGUACCCUGUGCGUAUGCAUUUCUUGUGUUGCUUUUAGUUUUCAGGUAACUUGUAGGGCAAAAAAGAAAACAA